GGGGCCAAGACAGCCUCUCAGCAUCAGCUAUUUAUUCAACAGGCCAUCCCUCUCCAUGAACUCUCAUUCUAACAUUCUUCCGUUGCCGUGUGUGUGUCGUUGUGAAUGACAGGGUUCGCUUGAUAUUUCACAUACACGGGCUAUACUGUAAGAUGCCACGGUCUUUCUUGGUGAAGAAACAUCUCCCAUAUAAGAAGCCAAACUAUGGUAUGCUGGAUUCAAAGGAACACGAACUUCACGUCAGUCUGCCUGAGUCCCCCUGCAGUGUUUCAAGUCCGCAGCAGUCCACUCUGUUCUGGGAAACUGAACCAUGUCUCAUGGCCUCCACACCGAACACUCUCACACAGAUGGACUUCUUCCACACACCGGUGUCCAAAACACAGCCCUCACAAACCCCCAGUGUGCCCUCAGAGAGCCCAGAGCGAGAGCACACCUUCCCCGUUCAAGCUGCUUUUCACCCCUUCAGGGAUUCUCACAAACCUCUGGACACCCUGAGGCCCGCGGAUCUCCAGCAGUUCCACCAGAUGCAGGAGCUCCGCGUUGCGGGAGAACUGGUACCCAGCAGUCCUGCAACACUCCUUGGGAUACCUGGUCCCAGCAGUCAGGAGCGCUUCGAGUGCUUCGACUGUCACAAGGCCUACUUCACCUUCUCUGGCUUGGCCAAGCAUCGGCAGCUGCACUGCGAGUGGCAGUGUCACAAGUUCUUCAGCUGCAAGUAUUGCGACAAGGAGUAUGUGAGCCUGGGCGCCUUGAAAAUGCACAUACGCACACACACGCUGCCUUGUGUUUGCAAGCUCUGCGGGAAGGCCUUCUCCAGGCCAUGGCUACUACAGGGGCAUAUUCGGACACACACAGGAGAGAAGCCCUUCUCUUGUCCCCACUGCAGUCGAGCCUUCGCCGACCGUUCAAACCUGCGCGCACACCUGCAGACGCACUCGGACAUUAAGAAGUACCAGUGCAGGAGCUGCUCAAAGACCUUCUCCAGGAUUUCCCUUUUGUCCAAACACGAAGAGGCGGGAUGCUGUCCUAUGUCCUGAUAUACAGUCUAGUCCUGCUUCAUCCACUUAAAAACAAGCCAAAGACUUCUUAGCACCUCAACAUAGAGGAUUAUGGAGGGACACUUUAAGGGACUCAAAGAGUUCAAGUCCAGUGGUGAUGAGACAGAAGCCAACUUCUGGUUUCCUUCCUGUAAAACCUGCAGGUAUUAUAAAAUUCAGGGCUGUAUACUGAGCGACUGCAUAUGCCCACAACUGUGGGACAGUGGGCGUAUGUAGGACUACUUCUGUGUAAGCUACAAAGGCAUCUUGUGUGUGUGUAUAUGUUUUUAAUGACAUAUAGUGAUGCAACAAUAAUGCAUGCUUUUGAUAUACUUGAAACUCACAGAAGCGUUUAUGUCAUUUCGUAUGGAUUAACUGUUGCGCUAUUUGUUGAGAGUAAUGGCACUUGUUUUGUAUGAUUUCUAUUUAGAAACUGUAAUAAAUGCAUAUUUUUGUAUAAUG